UAUUAAUUUGCUGUAUGGGAAUGUUAUUGAUGUUUAUUUUGUUUAUUGGUAAUACUUAUUUAUUUGUCAUCUAAAAUAUUCACGAUUGUGGUGUGUCUAAAAUUUCAGAUUUACGUGUUUUGUAUAAAUUGUAUACUUUGUGUCCAACGUUUUAGUGUUUAAACUUGUUAUUAAUAAUGAAUAAUAAACGAAAAUAUAAAUCCGGUUCAAAAAAACGCCAAAAAAAAGAGAAUUAUUGUUGCAAUGUGCAAAUAAUAAAAAACAAAUGAAAUUUAUUUAUUCAAAAGUAUUUAACUCUACCUGCUGCCAGUGAGAAAAUUUAAGAUAUGGCUGAUCACAAUUAUGUUUCAAUAAAUGAAUGUGCAAAGAAAUAUUGUAAACGAUAUUGUUGUACUCCACAAUGCAAAAAUAAACAAAUGUCUACGUCAACUAUAACAUUCCAUUCCUUCCCUAAACAAAAAGAUUUAAAAUUAAAAUGGAAGACUGCUCUAAAAAUUGGAAAAGAAGUGCCAAAAUAUGCUUUUGUAUGUUCUACACAUUUUGAUGACAGUGAUUUUAUUCCAAGCUCAAAAACUAGUUCACCAGCAAAAAUAAGAAGGCUGAAGAUUGGUGUGGUACCUUCAAAAAAUUUACCUGUUCGGUUACUGGACAAAGUGCUUUUAACUCCAACAAAAGAAAAAAUCAUUAAGAGAGCUGAGAGAUUAAAACAACGUCGUCAAAAUAAAGAACAUUGUCAAAUUUUAUUUCAAAAUGACUGUUUACCUGAUAGUACACCUAUUACUGAUGUAGAGGAAUUAUCUUCAUCUUCUACACAAACUGAUGUCUUGACCCAAGAAAAAACUACAGUAUUAUCAAAUGAAAUUAAAACUGCCGAUAAAGAAGUCCAAGUUAAUACAUUUCAUUCCGAUUCUCUUUUUAGAAGAAGUAUUAUGGAUUUGAUUAGAAAUGAUGAAGAUUUAGUUGCAUUAACAGGGAUACCCAGCAUGGACAAGUUGUUAAAACUUGUCAAUAUUGGUGAAUUUGUGAUAAAAAGUUUAAAUUAUAAUAUCAAUUUUUCUCUUGAUAUUCUUCAUAGAAUAGUGUUAGUAUUAAUGAAGUUAAAACUAAAUACAUCUUACAAAUGCUUGGCAGUUUUAUUUGGUGUUUGUAAAAGUACUUGUACAAAUUACUUUUACGAAACAAUUGAUUUGUUAUAUUUAAUUUUAAAACCUUUAGUUUUGUGGCCUUCUAAAUCAAGUAUUUCUAAAAAUAUUCCUAAAUGUUUCAUAAAUUUCACAAGUACUAGGGUCGUAGUUGAUGGAACAGAAACUCCUAUCGAAGUUCCAAAAUGUUUGUCAUGUCGUAUUAGAACUUAUUCUUUUUAUAAAGGUAAACAUACUAUUAAAUUUAUGGUAGGCAUUUCUCCAGAUGGCCUAAUAACUUUUGUUAGUGAUGUGUAUGGUGGCAAAGCAUCUGACAAACAUAUAUUUGUAGAGAGUAAUAUUUUAGAAAAGUGUGAUAUUGGUGAUGGUGUUAUGGCUGAUAAAGGUUUUCUUAUUGAAGAGGAAUGUUCUAGGGCAGGUGUUAAAUUAUUUCGUCCCCCCUUUUUAAAAAAAAAUAAACAACUAUCUUUUGAAGACACUUAG